AUGUGUUGGCGCUGGAACGCGGCAGUCUUGCCUCAUGAAUCAGGUGAAGCGACGGCAGUGCCUCAGUUGCCCUUGUGGCAACGCCGGCCGCAUGAGACCCCCACGCUUUCCAAGGCCAGCUCUGCUGUGAGCGGGGAUGAGGAGCAAAAAGAUGAGCAGCUCUUUCUGGAGCUUCAGCAGAGGCGACUUCCCGCCUUGCAGCUACCCUACGUGGAGCCAAGUUUGCCGAGGGGCGCUGACAACCUCCUGCUGGCCGCACGGCCAGGCGGCCGGGCACCCUUGCUGCUGGUGGGUACCUCUUGCACCAGUGGAGGCUUGACGCAACGUGGCGACAAGAAGGAGAAGGCGCACCAGGUGUCCCUUUACGAUGUGGAACCGCAGAAAUUGGGUGGCCUUUCAGCAGAGCCUUUCUGGUCCGAGCAGUCGCGGCUCCUGGUGGCUCUUUGCUGGGACCAUAGUGGCGGAUGCUUUGCAGCGGCCUCACAGGAAGAGGAUGUCAAAGGCGAGAAAGUGUGCUACAUCAACAUUUGGAGCAUCCAUGACGGUUCCGAGCGCUCAGUAGGACGCUUGGUGUGGCCACCCAUCGAACAACGCUGGGAGUUAAGAGCCCUUUGCUUCUGUGGCUUCCGGCUGGCAGCGCUGGCGAAAGGAACCAACUGCAGUUUCGUCUCGCUCAUGGAUGUAGACACUUGCUUGGAAGUAAGCCGCUUGAUCCUUCCUCCUGAUUAUCCUCGCUAUGUCAGCCAGUUUUUGCUGAGCAGCCCUGUGGAAGGCUUGUGUAUGGAAUGCCUUGCUCUGGCGGUGGAUCGGCGAGUCCUUCUUUGGACACCAGGCCAGCAGGAUGAAGAGUUUGUCGAGGUGGCAUACUGGAGUGGAUGUCGUAGCCCUCUCGGUACCGAUAUCACCUUGGGACAGGAUGAGAGGAACAAACUCUUGGUCACACAGGUGAAGGAGAAUGGCCUUGCACAUGAAGCAGGUGUGCGCGGGUCUUCGGGUUGGUUGCUGGCGGGCUGGCGCCCGCUCCGGCCCUCCAAUGGCUAUUUCCUGCACAUGCCGCAUACUGCGGACUCCCUGAAGAGGAUGAAGGAUAUAGAAAAAAACCCGGAGGUGAUGCUACGCUUCCAGCCGCCGAACUUGGACAUUGUCACCCUUGAGAUGGACUUCCAUGUGCGUUGCACGGCUCCCUUCGAGGAUGGCACCCUCUUGGCUGUGGGUUGCCUUAAGAUCGAAGAUUUUGAGAGUGUGACAGGCCUGCCCAGGAAGUCCACGCCCACACAAGGACAUGGCAAGAACCAUGCAGAGUCCAGCAUGCUGUCCAUUUGGAGCCUUGAGACGCGCGAGUUCUGGCGUGCGAAAGAGGUCCAUGUGACUUCGAGCAUCUCCGCACUUUGCUGGCUCAGCAGAUCGGAACUGGUUGUGCAGUUGGAUACGGAGGAUGCAGUCGGGCUUGUCAACAUCGAAUCUGGAUCAUUGGUGCGCAGGUGGUCUUGCAAGCCGUGGAAGCCUAAAGCGAUGGUGGCCAGAUGGUGCGGAUUUUCGGCCCCGCAGACCUUGGGAGCGCAGGACUGGCCCCCCUGGAUCGCUGUGGGGCUACAGACGGGCAAGUCACCUCCCCGGAGCCGCGUGGCGGUCUUCGCCGCGCGGGGCGGCGGCUGCGUGCUGCCGGCGGCGGUCAUCAGUGGCGCGGAGUCGAAGCGGAAGCGGAAGCUGCCGGUGGUGGCCUGCAACGAGAGCAGCAUGAUCCCGCAGUUCCUGGCGGUCUCCGGCAUCGAUGGCACCGAGCCCUCGGAGAUCACCUUCGACGGCUCGACGACCGCCUCGUCGGAUCCUUUGGGGAAGUCAGUCAGGGGGCUAUCCAUCUGGCAGCUCGAGGAUACCAGGGCCCGCAAGGUUUGUGCCCUGAGCUGUCAUGCUCAACCUACCAGCGUGGCACUGAGCCGCAACUUGCUUGUGGCCUGCUUUCAUCAGUCGAGCAUCCUCAAGGCCUACCGGCUGCUGGGCGAUGGCUUGGGUUGCCAGGAGCUCUGUUGCGAAGACGGGGCCGACAACCUGGUGGCGGCCGCCGCGCGCGCGGCCAGCGAUGGCGCCGCCGAUGUGGCGGCGGCGGCCGGCAAGAAGUCACAGUCCAGCCAAGUGGUGGGAUUGGCUUGCUGGAUCCGUCCUGGCGAAGUGAAGAAGGCCACCUUAAGCUGGGCCAAGCAUGCAGAGGUCACGGCCUUGGCGUUUUUACCGCAACGAUGCCAUUUGGCGGGCCUUGGUGCUGGCGUUUGUUGUCUCUGGAAUUUGUCCACUGAGGGCGUGGUUCACUGCUACCACGAGGUGCGUGUGGAUGGUGAGAACCUCACCUGUCUGGCGGUGGGCUUCGAUGGCCAGCUGCGCCGCGUGACCGAAGAGCCCCGUGCUGGCUCGCCCCCCCGCGCUCGGCGGCCGAGCAACGUGGGGCUGCUGACCAGUGGCGAGCCCUUGCCGACAGUGCAGGUGGCCACCUCAGGUGACAGUCCCCGGGUGACCGUCGUGGAGUUGCGCACGGAGUACCGCUCCGUCUGGGAGUUGCAGGAUGGGGAGCGGCAGGGCACCCGAGCGGCUUCUCCGCGGGUGCUGCGCUUCACGGAGAGUGGGCGCUGGCUGGCGGUGGGCGAUGCGGCCGGGCAGGUGCAUCUCUUUAAGCUGGGGCGGAUCGGGCAGGGCGACGGAGCAAAGGUGGCUCCGGCUCCCACUCAUCAGAUCCUUUCGCUGAGUGGGGAGGUGGUGGAUCUGGUGCUGCAAGGGGAGCAGCUGCUGCGAGCAACCUGCUGGCAUCCACCACUGGGGCCACGCCAGGAGUCAGAUGACAAGUUUGGCUUGGAGCCUGAAGGGGACAAGGUGCUGGUUUAUGAUUUGAUGAAUCCCUCCUUGGACUUCAUGCUGCCUGAUCUGCACAUGAAGGCUGAGGAUACCAGCUCGGCCCUCCAAGCUCAACUGGAACUGAUGCCUCGGCUGCUUCACCAGCGGCUCCCAGGCCUAGGCUGGACGUUGUUACACUGCUGUGCCUGCCGCGGCCAAGCCCAGCACGCACGGCUUUUGGUGCGGCUGUCAGCGUCCCCCUUCGAGUUAGACGCCCAGGGCCGCAACGUCUUAGAUGUUGCCCUACAGCACAACGAGUUCGGCGUGGUGGAGGACCUCAUGACGGUUCUCAUACAAUACCCCGUCACGGAGCCUGGGCAUUCUUGGGAUCACUUGCACGAGAACAGCGAGGUCUUGGGCCGAGCACUGCUUGCGAACAGCCUGCCGUCGGAGCACUUGGCUCUCACCCGGACGGUGGUGCGGCUCUUGCGCUUCCGCACCGCGACGCUGCCGGAAUUCUUGGACUCCGUUUGCUGGGGCACGCCACUGCCUUUGGAGGUGACACGUGCUGGGGAGGUGCAGAAGCCAUUGCCUUCCAGGGCAGCACUGCAGGAAAACCAGAUGGUGAUCAGAUCUUACACUGCGCCGGUCUAUCGGCCCGAUAUGCCGGACUUGGAAGGCCUGGUGCCUCUCUCAAAGGAGCGAAGGGCAGACUUGGAGGAUCCACAGCGGCCGGUGGAGAUUCGGGUCUGGUUCUUGCGAGGUGCCUUGGAUAAGGAGAUCGGCAUGAUCCGAGCCUUGAAGGAGUCCGAGCAAGAGGAGAUCAUGCGCACGAAGUUUGUGCAGUUUCUGCUGGAGGAGCAGUGGACGAACUUGGGCUGGAAGCAAUUCCGCUUGGAGUUGGGUCUUUACAUCUUCUCGCUGAUUUGCUGGGCCUGUUGGUGCGUGGCUGGGCGGGAGAGCUGCCCACCGCCCGCCACCUUUGGGGAGGAGAACGCAUCAGGUGUGGCCUUUUGGAUAUUCGGCGUCGUGCUGAUCAUCCUUCAAGUCUUUUUCUUGCUAGAGGAGCUGAAACAGUUUUGCUACGAGCUACCGAGGGGGGAAAGGAAAGGGACUUGGGCGAACUUGAGCGUGGUGAUGAACUACUUCUCGACCUGGAACAACCUGGACAUUGUCUUCCACAGGCCAGAAGCAGUUGGACACUCCACAGGUGUUCGGUCUCUGGGGGGCCGGGGGACGCUCCACCGGUCGGUCACUGGUGUCACGGUCACCCUACGCGCUCUGACCGCGGCAUGGCUGAUGGCUUCGUCCGACCGCGCCACGCUCCGAGUGACCAGCUUGCGGCGCCGCGACCCGUCGGCCACGAUUGAGCGGCAGUGGAACGCAGUGCUGGGUGGCCAAGUGGUUUUAGCAGAGGAAUUCUAG